AAGUGACCUGGCUGGCCCCAACCGCGUCCUGCCCGAACCCUAGCCAGCAACAUUUACCACGCCUCCGGCCGCCAUCGCCGGCGGCGACACCCUCUCUCGAUGGCUGCUGCUCCGCUCUACGGCGGGAGCGCCGACGACUCGGCGGAGGACUACUCCGCGGCGGCCACCGUCUUCCGCUUCGACCCGCCGCUCCCCCUCCUCCGCGCGCCCGUCCCCUCCGCCGCCUCCGCCCCCGGCGAGCCCCCCGUCCUCGCCUUCCGCGACGCCGCCAGCUGGCGUGCGGCCUGGGACGCGGCCGAGGCCAACCUCGUCUCGCAGUGCGAGGCUGGUGCACGAUCAGGGUGCUCAAUCACUGCAUCACGCAAAUGCAAGCCCCCCUGGUGGAAAGGCUUAUUUGGAGGUGCCCCAACUGAUUAUGAAGAAAGGGAGAGAUGUGAAGAGCGAGAGAUGGCUGCUUGUCUGGAGGCAGCAAAGGAGGCUUGCAUUACGUUUGCGAAGGGAAAAUGCAUCGCACCAUUCCGAGAUGCAAAUAUCGCCUCCGACGGUCUCCUGGAAAACACAGAUUUCGAUGUCUGGAGUGGCGGCAGUGGCAAAGCAUCAUCAACAUCACCGGCUGUCCUGAACAACCAGCACUCGUUCAGUCCUGGCCCUGGGGUGACAAGCUACAAAGGAAGUGACUUGCUAGACAGCUUAUCAUCAGAAAACAAGGAUAACUCUGGUUGAUGACUGCAUUAAUAAGUUAAACUUGUCGAGGCAUCAUGACGGGAUUAAGAACUAGACCCAAUAACAAAAUGAUGGCAUAACAUGAGGCCUUAUGCUGGUGUUUUCAUGCCAAGUUGGUUCAGUGGCUGGAGACAGUUAGGAAACUACUUUGUCUGCAUGGGUUGUGAACAUUGAAAAAGGGACUGGACUUCUGUUCCGAUGGCCGAGCGCAGGAGCAGUAACCAUGGAGUGGUAAGCAAGAAGACUGCCUGUGGUUGUGAUGCCUGUUUGGACUGUUUUGGAUCGUUCAUGCACAAAGUUUGUCAGUGUGCCAGUUGGUGAAGGAUCGAUUCGGCUGCUGAGGUUCCCUUGGAUGCAAUCCUGCUCGCUGGAUCCUUCUGAGAGCUCAGGAUACGAAGGGCAUGGGAGUGCAAUUAAUCUGUGCUGUGCCGGAGUAUAUGCACUGUGAAUAAGUUUGGAGUGUGAAUAAUGGAGUCUAACCGUAUGUGUGCUGGCGCAAGCUGCUCCCAAAUUGGCCAGUUUCCUGAUCCUUUUUCAUUUCUUUCUUUUUUUCGCUGGCACGGCAACACCUCUGUAAAACUGUGCAAGUGUUGUUUUCGCGAUUCAGGGCCAGCAUCCGUGCUCGACGCUGUACCUGACCAAAACCAAUGUAUUAUCGUCGUGCUGCAUGCUUCCCCGUGGUUUGGUACUCUGUAGUCUGGUAGGCACCCUGCAGUCUGCAGCUGCAAAGGGAGUCUCCUGCAGGUCCUGCUACGCUGUCCUGUACAACUUUUUUUUUUUUGAAGAAGAAGCUGUCCUGUA